UGUCACAGAUAAACUAAAGACAAGACAGAUCGUAAUUAAAACACUAUCUCAUUAUCAGCGUGCUUUAGUAUACGAAUAAAUUAAUCGUAUAGCUAAAGUAAAUCAAAAUUGAACAAAGAUAUUUGAACUAUCGUAGCACCACCCGUCUUUGGUAAUGUCCACACUACAACGCUGUUGGUUUUUAAACUCUUCUCCGCUGCAGCUCAUUGGGUUUUUCUGAGCACAUUUCUGGAUUCUUUUAGAGUUAGCAAAACUUUAUAGGCCAGAAUAACAUGACUCUUGCAUCAAAGACUCCUCCCAAUUUCCGGUCCCAAUUUAUAACCCCCGAGCUUACCCAUUUGUUCAGCCAGUCUGACAGUGAGGAGGAGUUUGAAGGCUUCAGCGAAGAUGAAGACACAUCAUCUGAAAACAAUGUGGUGAAUGUACAGAUAAACAUGGUGGAGUCUGAGGAGGAGGACAGUGACACCAACUUUUAUUCUGACGGAGAAGAACCAUCAUCUCUAAAGAAUAAAAGUCUCCUAGUGGCGUUAAGAUUUCCAUUUAAAAGACCAUGUACCUCUAAACAACAAGCAUUUAAGAAAGAAGGACAAAAUGGUUUAGAGCAUUCUCCUCCACGCCAAAAGCAGAAGGUGCAGGAGCAGAAAAAGGAGGAUGGAGAUACAGAUGAAGAGGUCUUGUCACAAAGCCUGAAGAAGCGGAAUAAAAACAUUCAGGAAAACAAAGCUAUGCUGGCAAAGCUGUUCGCUGAUUUGAGUUCUCUGGCUGUUUUGACACCACCCUCAACCCCCCAAAAGAAAAAAAGCACACCGGAAAAAGAAAAGCCUAAAAAACGCAAGUUUGAGGCCGAUACAGGAUCUGAGAGGAGGAACCCAUCUCGCAAAGCACGUCCUCCAGAGAAAUUUGCUGUUGAAGAGAAGCCUGAACCUGGUGUACGCAAAGUGCCCAGGACAGUGGACAUCAGGGCACUGGUAGAGGUUGAUGAGGAAAGAGCCACUGAGGGAGCGAAGAGAAGAAAGAGCUCCAAAAGGAGCCAGUACUAUGUUAGGUCAGUGGAUGAAAUCACAGAAGAAGAACUUGACAACAUAGCAUACCGCUCCAAGGACAAGAUCUGGGACAAGGAAAAUGGCAGUUCAUGUCACCAGUGCAGACAGAAGACUCUGGACACCAAAUCGGUCUGCCGCAGUGGUUUCUGCUCUGGUGUGAAAGGUCAGUUCUGUGGGCCAUGCCUAAAGAAUCGCUAUGGAGAAGAUGUGCGCACUGCGCUGCUUGAUCCGACAUGGUCAUGCCCCAUCUGCAGAGGCAUGUGCAACUGUAGUCUGUGCCGCAAAAAGGAGGGACGCUGUGCCACAGGGAUUCUGGUGCAACUGGCCCGUUUCAACGGUCAUGGCAGUGUUCAUGAGUAUCUUGAGAGCAUUAAGAACGAGCUGAAGUAGAUUGAGAUACACCAACACAAAAGUGUUGAUCCACCUUGGGAAAGGAGCAAUCCUCAUUUAGUUUUACUUCAGAACAAGGCGCAUAAGCUGUAAAUGUUUUAUUCUGAUUUUAUUGUUGCAUAUGAUGCGUUAAUGUGGCAAACAGGCUUCAUCUAAGUCACGUUCUUUUUUUUACUUGUUCGACACUGGCUUUUUAUUUUAUAUUUUUAUAUCAACAUUUGAACAAAGUAUAUAGUCCUUCAUAUUGUACGUUUAUGCUUACUCACUUUGUGCUCAAAUAAAU